AUGCUGAAACCACCCUUCUCUCGAACCAUCAUUCACCCGCCAUUUUCGAAUCCGCUGCGUCUCAACGAACCUGCAUCUGAUGGCCCAGCCAUUUCACCCACGACUUCGAUCCGCUAUACUCUCCCUGCCACUAUCCGACAUAGAAAUACCCUCGCGAGAAUCAAAGACGAUCCAGAUAAAUACUAUAUAACUGAGCUGCGGACGUCACGCCUUGAUGAGAUCAGGUCAUAUCUGUGGCUAGCGGGCGUGCCUAAUUGUGGGAGACCUUUGCAUCGACAACAGCUAUUGGGCCGCGAGAUUAUUAUUACUGAGGACCCAAACGAACAUCUUGUUUGGCACCAGAUACGAAUAUUUAUAAAACCACUCCCAAUAUUCCUACUUGAUCUCGACUGCUGGACCCGGAAGAUUUGCAAAAGCAAGCAACUGCACGAACCUGCUUGUGGUCUUUUGCUCUCGUACGCAUGGCUUGUCAGAUACGAGAGCGACCUCCGAAUUGCACAUGAGAAGGGGUUGCUGCCGGAUUUUAUCCACCUGGCGACUUGGACAGAGUUCAUUAGUGAAUUCCUCGAGCACAUCGACUUGCAGUCUUUAAGCGGUGUCUCGCCCAGAUAUCAAUACGGGGAGUUGCGACUAUCGAGGUUAAAUAAAAUAUAUUAUAUAACACGUUUUACUUGGAGGGAUUCCGUUCGAGGAUAUAUGACUACUUCGACAUGGUACCAGGACUUCUUUGCUCGCAAUUUUGCAUGGCUUUUAGCAGUCUUCGCGUUUAUGUCUUUGGGUCUAUCUGCGAUGCAGGUUGUUCUCGCUAGUACAAGAAACAACUGGGCAUUUGAGAACGCAUCCUAUGGCUUCUCUAUUGCUGCUCUAUUCCUGGCAGCUGGAACUGUGUCGGUAGUGCUGCUUAUCUGGGCAAUUCUGUUUGUAUAUCAUCUUCUUAGUGCUCAGAUAAAUAAUCGACAGGUUAUGCAAGAGAGGAAGCGCUUUGCAGAUUCUCGAAAAGAACCCUAG